AUGUCGUCCAUCGCGCGUCGAGGACUCCGCGCGGCCGCGGCCGCGGCGAACGCCGCGUCGUCGUCGCGCGCGGCCGUCGCGCCCGCGGCCGAGGUCGGCACCGCGUCGAUCGCGUCGACGACGACGCGAACGCUCGGGGGGGGUCCUCUCGGCGCGACGCGCGCGCUCGCGACGACGACGACCGCGGCGCUCGCCUCCGCCGCCGCCCGCGCCGCCGCCCCGACGUCCGCCCUCGCGUCGUCGCAGCCGCCGCCGCCGCGCGGGUUCGCCUCCGCCGCCGCCGCGCGUCUCCCCGCCGCGCCGCUCACGCCGGAGGAGAUAAAGACAAAGUCGGACGACAUCCAAGACGCGUUCGCGGAGGCGAGAGAGGAGAUCGAGGCCGCGAUGGAGGCGACAGGGACGACGUACUUCAACGAAGAGGCGGAGUACGCGCGGGAGUGCGUGGAGAAGGUGUUGGGGGAGUACUACGCGUUGUGCGACGCGCUUCCGGAGGGCGACCGCGCCGCGUUUCAACGCGCGAACGGGAUGAAGAUGGAGCAGCUCAAGGCGGAGCUGAAGCAGAUCGAUCACGCGCACGACGAUCACUGA